AUGGCUCGGUUGAUUUUACUCUGCUUCUUUUUCUUCCUUUUGACGACUAUCCCUUGGUGUGCUCGACCUACAAACGCUCAAGAUCCUCCAUGCCCGGAAGAAUCCCCUCCUAGCAGCGUCGUAAGCCGCGGCGGCAGCGGUAGCGGCAGCGGGGGUGGCAAAGGUGGUGGUGGCGGCCAUUCUGGCGGUCCAGGUGGGUCUGGCUUUGGAUCCGGCUCGGGUACCGGUUCGGGGUGGGGAAGCGAUGGCAUAGGCGGCGGCGGUAGUGGAGGAGGCGGCGGUGGCGGCAGAGAUGGCGGAGGCGGCUCGGGCUUUGGAAGUGGCAGCGGCGGCGGCGUAGGUGGCGGCGGUGACGGUGGUCAUGGAGGACUUGGUUCUGGAAGAGGGUGCAGCAGUUGUGGGGAAGGAAAUGGUGGAUCUGGUGGGGAAGGAACUCCAUUGAAAGACAGGAAGACUUCACCAGGCUCCCAUAAGUAG